CUGCGCGCGUCUUUUUCCUCUCCUGCGCGGUGUUCGCUUUCCCGGCGGCGCUCGGCGCCCGGCCUAGCGGCAGCGGCGAGAAAGAGGGAACGGGGCAGCGGCUCCCCCUCGCCCCCCCCCCCCCCCGCGGGGGGGAGGAGGGCUCGACCGCGGAGAAAGGCCGAGGAUGGCCGAGGAGUCGCCGAAGCGGCGCAAGGCGAAUUUCAACGAGGCGGAGACGGAGGUGCUGAUCGAGCAGGUGCUGAAGCACGAGCAGCUGCUGUUCGCGGCGGGGCCGGGCCGCGCCUCGCCGGGGCAGAAGCGGAAGGUGUGGGAGCUGAUCCGCCACAAGGUGAACCCGGUGGCCGCCUGCCCCCGCGACGUCGAGGACCUGAAGAAGCGCUGGCGGGACCUGAAGCGCCGCGACCGCAGCAAGCUGUGCCGCCUCUCGCAGGGCUGCGCCCCGCCGGGCCCCGCCGCUCUCGGGCUCCUCCUGCCGCCCGCCCGCCGCCACCCCCGCGCCUACGGCUCCGUGCUGCCCGCCCUGCCCAUCGCCGGCGGCAUCGACACGCUGGAGCUGCCCGGCGCCGUCCUGGGGGACGCGGGGUUUAAUGAUGAUCCUGGCCCAUCUCGUCAGUCCAGUCUUGAGAAGAUGAACCUCAAAGAAGAGAUAGUAGUGAAGGUGGUAGAGCCAGAAGAAAGCUCUGAGGACAUGGUGGUGGUUCCACCUAGCCAAGAACAACUACCUUUUCUAGGGACAUCAGGCGGUGGUUCCUCUGGGAAAGUAAAAGCCAAAACAAAAAGCAGGUCCCAGGCAGACCAAAAUGCAAUAACUGAGGAGGACCUAUUGCAGAUCCAGCAGGCCCAGAUGCAGGUGAUUCAGUCUGGCUUUGACAGUGUCAACCACAAUCUUCAGCUGCUGCAGCAAGGCAUGCAAGAUCUGAGUAACAGCCUCAGCAUCAUGGCGCAUACACUUGUUGCUAUCAAAAAUGUCUAUGUGAAAAACAACACUGGCCCAACGACAUAUGCCACUGCCUCUACUCAGACCACAGCUGGGUACCUGAGCCCAGGUUCCCCCCAGGCCUCCCCCACUGAGGACAGAGGUAGAGCACAAGUGGCUGGAAGCAGCAGCAGAAGCAGCAGCUGCAGCUCCAGCUCAAUGUCGCAAGAACCAGGUCCUUCCGAGUUUCCUAGGCCACCCCUGAGAACCAUUAAGAAAGAACAUCCAAAUGGCUGCUACUAUUUCUGCUUUGCAGAUGUUUAAAAACUUGAAUAUAUAUAUAUAUAUAUAAAGUGACUGUAGUGUCAGGUGCUGUUGUAUGUUCUGCUCCAGCCUGUGACUUUGAAGGAGCAAAGUGGACUUACCUCCCACAUUUUUCCCAGUGGGAAACAUUUCUCUAUAGGUGGCAUUAAACACUGAAUACCAGUCUCCUGUUUAACUCUGUUGCAGUUGGCUAAUAAUUUUCUUCUGUUCUCUCUGUCCUCUUAUUCUCUUAAAAACUCACCCAACCAAAAAAAAAAAAAAAACAGAUUUAUUUUGACCAAGACCCUUGUCCGUAUCAUCCUUUGUUUACUGUGACCUUUUGAAAAAUAAAAGGCAUGAGAGCUGGGUAAAAAAGUAACGUUAUGGUUACUGACCAGCAGGGUUGAUUAGUUGGUUUAUUAAACAAACACCAAAGUAGUUGCUUUUUCUAAUAAUUACAACAACCAGGGUGUUUUCUUGGUUCUUAGUUUUAUAUAUUUAAGUCUGAACUGUGCAAGGCAUUGCUGAAAGGGUUUGACAUGCCUGCUUACUCUAGGAGUGGCUUAGGACUGAGCUGUUGAUUCAUGAGUGUACUCGUAUGAAAUCAUACACCAUUGCUCCAUCUGGCUAUUGUUCAUCCACAGCUUGUCAAAUGCACCUUCUCCAAGGCAUUUUGUUUUACUGCAUUGCCUGGGUAGUCUCUUUCUUGCCACAUGAUUUAAAUAGAGAAAUACAGCAAAAAAUUAUAAUUAAUUGGUUUUGACAUGGAGUAACUUUUCCCUAUGUUUUAUAAACAGGCUGUAUCUUUGUCAGAUUUUGCAAGCCUUCUGGAAUCGAUACCACAACAUUUGGAAUACAGAGUGUGAAGAAGUUACUGUAUUGUUUUACCUGAAACUGAAGUUAGAUUUGCUAUUAAAGAAAUUGCAGAAGGCAGGGGCUAACUUGUUCCAGGCAGAAUUUAUGUUUCUGCAUAGUUUAUGAAGCUUUCAUCUUCACCUAUCAGAGAGAUGAAUAAAAUCUUCCAUUAACUAAAUAUCGAAGGAAGAAGGAAGGGAAGGAAGAGUUGUAGCAAAGUGUAACCUGUUAAGUAUUAACUCUGAAACAAGCAGAAAGGAAUCACUUUAUCCUAAUGUGAAAAGGAAAAAAUCUCCUUUUCACUUUUAGAUAGGAGGAAACUAUUGUCACUGACGUUAAGGUGUGUUUAAGGCUUGUAUAUUAAGAGUCACUCUACUUCAUACAAUUGAAAAUAAGCAGAGGUGGUGUGUUCACAUGUCUAGGAUCCAUACUGGAGGAGAAACAAAAACCCCCUCCUGAAAUUUUAUCUGAUGACUUGAAAAAUAAUGCAGAUCCUCUUCUCAAGCAUUUCCCACCAAUAUUAAGAGUUCUACAUAUAAACUCGUCCUAUUGCAACAAUUAGCUGCCUCUAGUUUUCCAGUUACUUUGCACAAGCAUUCGUGCCACAAGAAUUUAGUAAAUACAAAUGACUUGGAGAAUGGCAACACACUUGUCUGUCUCUUGGCAGCAUAAGAACAUGUAAUCAUAGGGUAAGGUACGUCAUUUUCGCAGUCAGCUUUGACAGAGCACUAUACCAUAUGAAAAGGUACUUUUCAAGUACUUUCUUUUACCGCUGCCCGUAUACCGUCAGGAUGUACUGAUCACACACACGCCUCAAAGACCAAGAGCUGCUGCCUAAUAAAACGUGAACACAGGGUAAUUGCAUUAUUAGCAUUUCCUCUCUGUAUCAUAGAUGGAGUUUAUAUAUGCAAAUAUCUCACAAAAUUAAGACAUACACAUGUAUGGCACAUUGUUAAUUGGGACUAAUGCCUUGGAGGAGGUUCUUGUUUUUAGGUUUACCUCAACAAAUAAAGAUGGUGUGGGUGACUCUUCCUUAUUCAUAAAUUGCUGGUUUUAAAAAUAGGAAAGAACUAAUCAUCUAAAUCUGAUUUUUUAGUCUAUAUCAUAGAAUCAUUGAUCAUAGAAUAGUUAGAGUUGGAAGGGACCUUAAAGGUCAUCCAGAUCCAACCCCUCUCCCAUGAGCAGGGACACCUCCCACUAGAUCAGGCUGCCCAAGGCCCCAUCCAACCUGACCUUGAAUACCUCUAGGGAUGUUCAAGGUCACAACCUCCCUGGGCAACCUGUUCCAGUGCCUCACCACUCUCAUAGUGAAGAAAUUCUUCCUGAUGUCUAGUCUAAAUCUGCCCCUCCCCAGUUUGUCCAGUUUGUAUAUUGUUAAAAGCUUUCCAAAUUAGCCUGUUGGAAGCAUUUUUCUCUCUCCCCGAGAGUACAGAUGGGCUCGCUCAAGCAGUAUUUUCUGUAACUGAAGAAGGCACCCUUCAUUUGCGUUUUGUUCUCAUGGACACCAAUUAAUGCUCCCAUGACAUUCCACACAGAUGAGCAAAAUGUGAUUUAAAAAUUUACCUGGUCCUUCUGGGCUGUGGUUUGAGCUUGUCUAGUAGGUUACAACAGCCGGUUUUUACCUGUCUGACAGUCUUUCAAUGUUUCAAUUCUUUCUCCAGUUGUCAGCUCUUGAAUUUCACUUACUGAAGUAUUUCUAUGGAGAGCUGGCCUAUGUCUACCACAAAACUUUCUCAUGUUCGAGUACAAAUUUAAAUGACAGGAAGCUACAGCACAAGUGCAGAGAAGUGCAGGCAGAUCGGCUCUCCUCUACGAAUGAAGAAGACAAGCCAGGCAAUGGCAGAAGUUACUUCACUGGUCAGACAGCUACUAGACCUCAACACCAAUCUGCCACAGCGUCUUUGUUCCAAACUUGCUUCUUCCUCACAGUCUGUCAGUUGUACAGCUAAUGUAUACUGAUGCCAGAUCAACCCCACUCUUCCAUUUCUGGUACGAUCCAGACUUGCAUAGUAUUUUAAACAAGGAAAAAUACUGAGCUACCUGUCACCACUACAGAGUGCACAAAUUUGUUGUUUUCAUCUUCAAAUUAAUACAGCUGGCUUGCUAUUUAUUUAGGUGCCCUUUCUGUUAUCAAUGGUUCUGUUGAGCGCACCAAAAGUACACACCAUCCAGAAGCAUGCCAUGAAAUUUCUGGCUGCUCUUAGCAGAACAUUUUCUUGGAACGUUACUGAAUAAAUUAAUUCCCAAUUUGUCUCCUGUCAUGUGGAAUUUGGAAUUUGGGCUGUUGAUGUAAGUGACAAGCACUAAUGACCUGUUCAUGAAGCUUAAUGUAAAUACUGCCAAUGAUUUGAACAGAGGCAGAGCUGGCUUUUAAUUUUCCUUGCAUACAAGGCAUAACAUUGAUAAUGUCAAGAAAAAGAUCCAGAGAAUUUUCCCUAAUUCUUUGGGAUUUCCUAAAAUCCUUGUUCUACUGCACAAACAGCAGGCAGUAUUUUCCACAGCAUAGUAGACACUCAGGCACAUAAGCCACAAACACAAAUUGUGACUAGACUAUAGUCUUGUUCUACCUAGUUUUCCUAGAAAGAUAAAUGAAAAGAUCUUGGAGGAAACUAGAGCAACUGGUACCUUAACACUGCAUUUCCACAUGGCACAAACUGCUCAGAUUCAGUAACAACUUCUGUUCAUUCCUCUGCUAUCUGCCACUUAAGUGUAUUGUACAAAGAAUGAGACAGGUCUCCUCAAGAGGCUGUAAAAGUUCACUGACUACAUCCAGACAGCUGAUCAUCUCCAAAGAUAUCAACUAUGGUGGCCUCUCACUAAAUAAGACAGUGCAAUUUUGAAGGAGAAAAAAGGAGGCCAGUUGACCUUUUCUGUUAUUAAUAUGCAACAUAUCUGCCUACUAAAAAACAGUAAAACUUCCAUUGAUCCAAUCAUUCUGACUUGGAAUAUGAACCUCUGACUCGUGUUGCAGUAGUACCAACAGACACUUGCUUUUUGCUUUCUAGUAACGGAAAAAAAAUCACUG